UCCUAUAUGAAUUUGAAAAUAUAAAAAAUACAUAAUUUUGACAUUUGACAUCUGUGUACCAUAAACAAUAAAAAAAUAUUUUUUAUGGGAAUAAGUUUGUAAUACAAGUGACGAUUUCAUAAUAUUUAAUUACAUUCGACAAAUAAGAUGACGAAAAAUUUUAUUUGCACCGAGUAAUGUUUUUAUUAAGCCGAUGUUAUUAAAGUACGUGUGAUAAUGCGUAAACUAAGUUAUCGAUAAGAAAUACUAUUGUUGUAAAAUAUUUCCGCCAAAGUCAUUGAUAAAAUGCAUUUAUAUGCGUGGUUGUUAAUUAUGAAAACUUGUGCCUUUUUACCGGGAUUAUUUGCGGAUACUUUAUUAACAGAUUUACCAUUAACGGAAGAGCAGCUUAAGAGGUUAGCUUGUGAUGUAUGUUCUGAUAUGUUCGAAUCGGAAGGAGUGGAUAAAUGUGUGAAUAUAUUUCUGGGAACACACUACGAAAAAGAUACUGAACCUCCCUCUGUGCAAGUAAAAUGCAGAUCAGAACAAAAACUCACCUUCGCAGUGCCACGUUCUAAUGAUUGGCAGCUCGUGGUUUUAAUACCUGAAGAAGUUGACAUGAUGGACUAUUUAAUAUUUAAUGUGAUGGAACCUCAAACAGAAAUUGGGUCUAUUUAUACACCGCCUGGGGCUUUUACACUUUGGUCGGCACUGGUAAAUGAUUCCGGAAGUCCCUCUAAUUGGAAGAACAGUUCAAUAGAAGAUUGGAAUGACAUAGCUGCUGACAUUGAGGAAAGGAAUUAUGUUGUUAAUUAUACAUUUUUAUUUGACAAUUUUGAUAAUACUACGGCGGAUAUUGACGUGAAAUUAACAUGGAAUACAACGGAUCCAAGUGAUGUCUGCUUCGAGGUUUACAAUCGUUGUAACAGUAAUACACUUGGGAACGUAUUGCAUAGCAGUAUAGGGGCAGAUAAGAACAAUUCUUUAAUUGCGAGAGUGCCGCUAGAUGACAAAUGCUCUAUACUAGUGAAGGGCAAAUAUGGAACUACGAAAUUUCAAUAUCAAACUCCGUCCUGUUAUGACCUACCGGGAUGCAAGUAUUUGCCCGAAAAGCCGGAAAAUGUAACAUUAACGGCUAAAAGAAAUGGUGAUUCCUGGCUUGUUAGUGUCAAAUGGAGACCACCGAAGUUCCCUCCCUCUUACUACAAUGUUACACUUAGAGCGGAUAAAGUAUACACUAUAAAGGCGUCCUAUUUGUCAUCUGUAGCAAAUUUUACGAAUGUGACAGGCAGAGGAUAUUAUAAUGUAACUGUAGAUGCUAUAAACAAAAUUGGUCACGCUCUUACCUUCCGGAGAAAUAUAUUUCCGCCCGUUGAAGAGUCUGCUUCGGUGAGUUUGUUGAUCGGUGCUUGGGCUGAAGUUAUCGUGAUAUCAGCAAUAAUCGCAACUUUUUUUGUGUGGUGGAAACGACAACGCGACAUUAAGAAAAGGAACAUGUAUUUUCCGGGCGUUAGGGAAAAAGUUUUAAGAGACGCCGAGUUGGAGAUCUGUUGCGUAGAAUCCGGAUCGGAGGAGCAGUGGGAAGUGAAGCCUGAACGCUUGCUCCUUCAUGAGGUUAUUGGCGAAGGCGCUUUCGGAGUUGUGAGAAGAGGAACCCUGUCUCCUGACGAUAAGAUUGUUGCUGUGAAAAUGCUGAAAGAUUUUCCUUCAGUAGAAGAGAUCCGGUCAUUCAGAGCUGAGAUGGAAUUGAUGAAGAGUGUGGGGAGUCAUCCGCACGUUGUGAGCCUAGUGGGCUGCUUCAGGGGACGGAAGCCCUUCAUCAUUGCGGAGUACUGCAGCAGGGGAGAUUUGCUUACUUUUCUUCGAUGCUCCUGGGACUUAAUGGUAACUCGCCGCAAUGGAAACUACAAUAACAAUGAAGAACAAGAUUAUAGAGACAUCAAAACCAAGGAUUCCCAGCUCGUAAUCAACAGACUUUACGACCUACAGGGAAUUUGCGACACGGAACUAACAGUUUUAGACCUCCUUUCCUUCUGCAGACAAAUCGCUAUGGGCAUGGAGUUCCUUGCCUCGAAUCGAGUAGUUCACAGGGAUCUGGCAGCGAGAAAUAUUCUGGUAACUGCCGAUAGGACCCUGAAAAUUGCAGAUUUUGGACUUUCUAGAGACGUGUACCAAGAAAACCAAUAUAAACAGAAGGGAAACGGAAAAAUGCCAGUUAAAUGGAUGGCGUUAGAGUCCCUAACGCAUAGGAUUUAUACAACGCUGAGUGAUGUUUGGUCAUUCGGUGUGGUAAUGUGGGAGAUUGUGACCGUGGGAGGUGCUCCAUAUCCGUCAGUGGGUGCUGCUCGACUGCCUCGGUUGCUUCGCGCUGGGUACCGCAUGCCCAGACCUUCUAAUUGUUCGGGUCAACUCUAUGAGUUAAUGCUAUCCUGUUGGAAUGAACGACCCCGAUCCCGCCCUACAUUCACGGAGCUGCAUCGCGCAUUGGAUGGUUUAUUAUGCGCCAGCGCACACCACUACCUCGAUUUACAACUUCCGCCGGAACCGGCGUAUCCACGGCCUACGACUCAAAGAUACGUACGGAUGAUUAUGCGAGGCAAAUGGCCAUGGACGAACCGCUACCAACGUUCUCUCACAACUAAAUACGCUCCUGCUGUGAAUAAUUAAUGACUCAUAAAGCUAUUAUAGCUUUUGACAAGACAUAUUCUGUUACUACGUUUUAUAUGCGGCAAAAGUUCUAAAGACACUUGUAUAAUAUCGGGAAAGUGUCAGUGUCUCACGAAUAAAAGAAAAGUUUUUUUAACCAAUUUAAUACAGUUACUUGAUUCACAGCAUUUAAUUUUACAUAGAAAUGUCUAUUAAUCUUUUAUAUAUACCGUAUAAGUACAUAUCACAUUAUAGUCGCAUAACUUAAUACAUACGUUAUACGUCUUAAUCCUAACAAAUUUACUGAAAAUAAAUAAACGUAUAACACUGUUUUGACUAAUUAAGGACUUGUUUAAAAAUAUAUAAAUUAGUAUUUGAUUGUACAUAGGUAAAGUGACGUAUUCAUUAAAAUGUUCCUAUGAUCUCGGUAUAUCA